AUGCCCAUCAACUCAAGCUUCACGCUACCCGAGGCAGCAAAUGCCCUACCUCUGCCGGAGAACGCAGCGGCGCCAUUCUUCGUCACGUUCACCACGUCUAACCAUCCAGACACCGGAGAGUCAUGGUGUCCCGACGUGAGGGCGGCUCUGCCGCUCAUUAACGCCGCCUUCUCGGCGGACGGCGCGCCAGAGAUGGGCUUUGUUGAAGUUGGACAGAGGCCGGAGUGGAAGGUCCCUACAAACGUCUUUCGAACCAAGUGGAAUGUCCACAACGUGCCCACUCUUGUGCGGUAUCAGCGUCUGGGCGGCGAGAUUAGGGAGACGGGUCGGCUGGUGGAAGCCGAGAUUCUCGAUGAGAGACGCCUCAAGGAACUUAUUGUUAACCGGCAGAACUAA